CGAAGAGAGAUAAGAGGCCAGCGCCACAACGGGCUGGCACGAUAAGACGAGAGAUGGGCAAGUGCGUAUUGUAUCUACUACGCCUCGGUCAUGGUUCCUGUUGAUUUACGCUGCUGGAGAACAGUUCAAUAACACGGUGCUGGCAGAGGUGGACUGUUAUGUGUACUCUUAAUAUUCAAUCUAUCCACCUUAUAUACUAGCACUUUAUUUUCUCCUACCAUCAUGGUCCUGAUCUUGGAACUCCCUGAUUCGAAUUGCCGCUGCCCCAACCGUUAGCAAACCCACCUGUUGCUUCCCCUCAACCAACCUCCAAGGUCCAUGACCAGGAUCGAAUCGUCGACAUGGCCGACGACGAGAAGCGAGACAAGGUGUCGGCACCUCGCACACCCUUGGGCGUGGAACCAUACAACUCCGCUGGUCAAGUAACUGAAGAGCUUGUCUUGAGCAAAGAUGGCUUCCCACUGUUCCCGCAACCUGUCCUGGACGACGACCUUGACCCCCUGAACUGGUCAUCCGCGCAAAAGCACAUCAUCCUGGCCAUUGUAAUGUCUCUGUAUUUCAUGUUCACUUACAUCACAACGACCACUGUACCGUCGUUCCCAACUCUCCAAGAGAAAUACUCGGCCGGCUUGGCCGAAGUCAACUGGACCGUCGCCAUUCCUGCUCUCGGCCUCUCUCUCGGCCCAUUGCUGUGGGCGUCUCCGGCGGACAUCAUCGGCCGGCGUCCAAUCUUCAUCCUCGGCACCGCCAUGGCACUGCUGUCGACGAUCGGAGCGGCCCUAGCCCCAAGCUACUCGGGCUACAUGGCCGCGCGCUUCUUCCAGGGGCUGGGCGUCAGCCCCGCGGCCAACGUCGGCUUGGCCAUCAUCAACGACAUCUUCUUCGAGCAUGAACGCGGCCAGAAGCUGGGACUCUGGGUCUUGGCCAUCGACCAAGGGCUGUAUUUUGGCCCGCUCAUCGGCGGGUUCGUCAACAUGGCGGGUUACCAAUGGAUCCAGUGGCUCUCUGCCAUCUUUUUCGGCGUAAUCCUUCUCGCUGAGCUCUUCUUCCUCCCCGAGACGCUUUACCCGCGCCACCUCAUGCUUGCGGGAACUGCGCAGAGUGCCGUGAUGACAACCCCGUCGUCAGGUGACGAGAAGACCGUUCUGGCGACUUCUCCUCCCAACAAGCAUCUCAUUGUGCGGAAGACCAAGGACCUACCAUUCGCGAACCUCUCCCCACUUUCGGGGAUCAAGCACCCACGGCUAUACGACACCGCCUUCCGAUUCAUCAAGACGUUCCGGUACAUGGUGGUCCCCAUCUCCGUCAUCGCCUACUGCUUUGGCUGGUACUGGUGGGUACUUUCUGUGGUGACGCUGGUGCCCGUUGCGUACCAAACGUAUGCCGCACACAUCCAAGGGCUUUUGUAUCUCGGCCUAAUAGUCGGGACGUUGGUGUCUGAAGUGUUUUGCUCUGGCAGCCUGAGCGACUGGAUCGUCAUCAAGCUAGCCAAGAGCAACCACAACAACCAGAAGACGCCGGAGAUGCGCCUCUGGCUCGCUUAUCCCGCCGCCGUGCUGACUGCUGUUGGCCUGGUCGUCUGGGGCGUCAGUGUCGACCGUGGCUACCACUGGAUCGUGGGUCAAGUGGCCUUGGGUCUCUUUGGCGCCGGUAUUCAGAUGGGAAACACUGCGAUCUGCUCGUAUGUGGUGGAUGCGUACCCGAUGCAGAGCAUGGCUACCAUGACCUUCUAUGCUGUGAUGCUGAACCUGUCUGCCUUCGUCGACCCGUUCUUCAUCGUGCCGUGGGUGGAGCAUGUGGGCUUUACCUGGACGUUUGCUGGCCAUGCCAUGAUUACUAUCUUCGUCUGUAUCCCGGUGAUGGCAGCGCUGCAUCGAUUUGGCGGCGCAAUGCGUCAGAAAUCUGGGAACCCGACGUGGGUAAACCCGGAAUUCGAAGUGUCGAACAAGCUCCCGCAGUGAGGUCAGGUCAGCAUCACAUAAAAUACCCUCUUCAUUAAUCAAAGUCUUCUACACAUUCGAUUGGCCCGCCUCGUCGGUGAUAUUUCCUUGAUGCGGUCGCCGCCUUGGCAGGGAGCUGGGUCAUCAACAUCUAG